AUGGGCGACGCUGUGCUCUUCUCCUUUGUUCUCUUCCUGGGCGGCCAGUGGGGCGCAGAGCCCUACUCUAUCUCUGUGACCGAAGGUGUGGAGAACAAGUUUUCCUCAGAUUCAAAGCAUCUCGAUGAAGAUUUGGCUAAGCUCUUUGAUGAGAUCCUGCUGCAGGUGUUUCCCAGAAAUCUAGACGAUGUAUCAAAAGAUGCAAGAACAGCUGGCAGACUGAUGAUGACAGGGAGAGACGUGAAUGAAACUCAUCUCCACUAUAUUGGCUUCAAUGACUCUGAAUUUGCAUCAAGUUCACAUCAAGUUCAGCAAGAGGAACACUUGGCUAAGCUAUUUGAUCAUCUUGCUGAGGAGAAUAAGGAGUCAUCUCUAUUCAACAGGGAUGUCAACCGUCAAUUAACUACCACUGACAACAGGAUACAGCAAAGAAACACUCAAGGCGCCUACACCAGCAGUCUCCCCUGCGGGCAGCUGCUGAGCUUCCUACAGAAGAACAUCAUUGUUGCCACCGUAGCUAUGGCCAGCAUCCUCCUGGCCACUGUGUUUACAGUGCUGCUCGUGCUCACGUGUAUGAGGCAGAAGCAGCCAAGGUAUCCUCCAGUGAGCACGACAUACAAUAUUUUUAUAAUGAGCGGGAAGGAUUGGUGGCAAAGGGCUCAGGAAAAGCGCUUCAGAAAACUCUCAGGAAAGCAGAAGCACCUGAAUAGUGGCAACUCUUUCGUCUAA